AGUCGAGUGCUUUCUUCGAGGGAGGCCCCUCAGCCGCAAGUUGUGCUUCCGUAGUUUUUAGCAAAAUUUUCCGUUAUUUUCAAUAGUUUCGGUUGCAUUUUUCGGCUUAUUACGCUCCCCGUGUGGUAGCGAUCGAAAUGUGAUAGAUUUUAUGUGCGGAAAACUUCGAACGGUUGGUGAAAUCCGCUAUUGAAUAUUUUGAAAUCUACACGAGCACGCUGCGUAUGGUGGCGGCAUUAUUUUGAUUGUUGAAAGCCGGAUUUUCGUGAUGCUGAAUAAAAUACUGUUGUUCUUCGUCGCUUUGCGACUGGCGUCGGUGUUUUUGGUGCAGACUUGGUACGUUCCGGACGAGUACUGGCAGAGUUUGGAAGUGGCUCAUCGGCUUGCAUUUGGCUAUGGUCAUCUCACCUGGGAAUGGACGCACGGCAUCCGCAGCUACAUCUACCCAUCCGUCAUAGCCGGCCUCUACAAACUGCUCGAGCUCGUCAAGCUGGAUUGCGUUGAGCUGCUUGUGCUGUUGCCCCGAGUGCUGCAGGCCUUACUAUCGGCGUACUCGGAUUAUCGAUUCUACGUGUGGUCCAAUAAGAGCAAGUGGUCCGCUUUCAUGAUAGCUACCUCGUGGUUCUGGUUCUACACGGGGUCCCGUACACUGGCGAAUACACUGGAAGCUUCGCUAACGGUCAUUGCCCUCAGCUAUUUCCCAUGGUCGGAUGUAGAGUGCACCACUUUCCUGUGGCCGGUUGCAGUAUCGGUUUUCGUGAGACCAACUUCUGCUAUUCCAUGGAUACCUCUGUGUCUGCACCAUGUGAUGAAAUCGACACAUCCAGUGUGGGAACUAUUGGUCAAACGAUACUUUCUGAUUGGAUUCGUUGUCGGUACGGUAUCAGUGGCCGUCGAUAGCUUUGUACAUGGAUCACUUCUUUUGUCUCCAUACGAGUUUGUUCGUUUCAACGUCUUGAAGGGAGUCGGAAGCUUCUACGGCGAACAUCCCUGGUACUGGUACGUCAAUGUUGGUCUUCCGACUGUGCUGGGAAUUGGAACAUUACCAUUCUUGUUCGGCGCCGUGGAAACGCUUCGUCAUCUUAAAGUCUACAAGGAACGAGGCGUUCUACUGGUGACCGUGCUGUUUACGCUGGUAGUGUACUCCCUGUUUCCGCACAAAGAAUUCCGCUUCCUGCUACAGAUUUUGCCUAUCUGUCUUUACGUAUCAGCAGACUUUUUGUCACGUUGGAGUAGGAAAGCCUCUGGAAAGCUUGUUUGGUUCGCUGCCCUUGUGCUACUGGUUGGAAAUGUAAUUCCGGCGGGAUACCUGAGCUUCGUCCAUCAACGUGGCACGCUGGAUGUGAUGUCUUCGGUGCAGACACUUUCGCGGAACUACCGUGACGAGUUCGAUCAGCCACCGAAGUUCCUCUUCCUCAUGCCAUGCCAUUCUACUCCGUUCCACAGCCAUGUCCAUCACAAUACGACAAUGCGAUUCUUGCGCUGUGAACCAAACUUCCACAACGAUCCAACCUACACAGAUGAAGCUAACACAUUCUAUAAGGAUCCAGUUAGCUGGCUUCGGAGAAAUAUACCCGUUUAUCCCCGUAGUGCGACACCGUCGCAUGUGAUUGCAUUCGAUAGCCUGGAACCAGAACUUCAAGACUUCCUAACCAGCUACGAAAAGAAGGAAACCAUCUUCCAUUCCGAUUACACAACGGAUAGGAUCGGUGGAAAUGUGGUUAUUUAUGAACGGUUUGAUCCUAAUAAGAAAACAACACCAGCGACGUUUGUGGAAGAGGACGCAGAGGACAACCAACCGACUGAGCAGGAGACGGAAGGCUAAGGCAAAGCUCGAUCAAAUUUCUAGUUAAGAUUUCGUGUGCAUUUGACAAGUUUUUCUUUAAUUCGUGUCUUUUAAAGUACGAGGUUUAAGUGGAACCAAAUUCGUAGUAAGUUUUUCUUUGGCUUAAGGUAACCAAUAAUGUUCAGUUUCAAGUGCGGCAAUAAUUAACUUUUGGCACAAAGUUUGGCAAUCAGAUACGAGCGCGUACUUCAAAUUUUUCUUCAUCUAGGGUAAGGACGAUUUAAUUUUCUUUGGAAAAAGGAGGUAUCGGAAAGUUUUUGUUUGUGGAAAACUGCCAGAAUAUACAUAACACUCGAUUACCCGAACGGCUUGUGGCAAACUGAGAUGCAACUCAUUGCAGAUUGUACAAUGUUUGACAACAAUACUGCUAUGAUGGUUGUAUCAUUUAGAUAUAGUUUCCUAUUUGUCCAAACUCCAGAACAUUGCUCGCUAAGUUUACCAUGUUUUUUUUUUAACUAAAUAAAGUGUUCAUAUUUUAGAAUAAA